UAAAAAAGUAAUUAUUGAGCCUAAGUUAAGUCCGUUUUAGAGAUACCCCCAACCCCAAGAUGAUGGACUUGUACAGGCGCACGGUGGCGCGGUUUCCGCUGGGCAGCGUGAGCUAUAUGUUUGCCUACGGAUCCGGCGUUAAACAGCAGGAGGGCUAUGAAAAACUGGGCAAUGGAAAUGGCUAUCGUCCGGCGCCGGGAAGCGUUGUAGAUCUGGUCUUUUGCGUAAGGGAUGCUCAGGGAUUCCAUGCCGAGAACCUGCACCGGCAUCCUGAUCACUAUUCCGCUCUGAGGCUCCUGGGAGCGGGCUUUGUGGCCAAAUACCAGGAGCGCUUGGGUGCCGGCGUCUACUGCAACACUCUGGUGCCCCUGGCGGAUGUGGGUCUCACCAUAAAGUAUGGAGUGGUGUCGCAGGAACAGCUUCUGGAGGAUCUGCUGGACUGGCGGCAUCUCUAUCUGGCUGGCAGGCUGCACAAACCCGUGACGAAUCUGGUGAAUCCCUCAGAUAAUCCGCCCCUGAAGGCUGCGCUGGACAGGAAUCUUUUGUCCGCCCUGCAAGUGGCUCUGCUACUAUUACCCGAGAAGUUCACCGCCUACGGACUUUUCCACACCAUUGCUGCACUGAGCUACAAAGGGGAUUUCCGCAUGAUCUUCGGCGAAAACAAGCAGAAGGUGCACAACAUCGUUAACCCGCAAAUCAACGACUUCUUUGCCUUGUACCAACCGUCUUUGGGUCAACUCACCCAGUAUGUGGCUGUCAAUAUGAAGGGCCACGAGCCGGGAAGCCGCGAGCCAACCAUACUCUUCGAGCAGGACAAAUCCUCGUCGGCCACGUCCCAUCACCUGCGACAGUUGCCUUCUGAGCUCAAGAAUCGCCUGGAGCGGAAUGCCGCAUGUAAGGGUGAUUAUGCUGAGGUGGUGGACCACCUCUCCGUGGCCUCCCAGCUGCCCGAGGUGCUCCAGGCGUCCGUCAACGACAUUGUGUGGCGCAGCAGUGUCACGCAAUCGAUCAAAAACAUUGCCAGCGCAGGCGUUCUCAAAUCCCUGGUCUACAGCUACCGCAAGGCCCAGAAAACAUUCGCUGUCUAGGUUUCUUUUUGGGGUAAUCCCCUGGCUGCCAAUCUACCGACUAAGUUGCCCCUUCCAGCUGCAUUUCGUUACAUAAUUUUAAGCUUUAAAGUUGUUAACUGCAAUAUAUGUUUAGCCCAAGCCAAAGAACUGAGUUUUCUU